CAGGGAAUGUACCAGACUGCUCCCGAUGCAGUCAGGGGAAAACAUAAAACAGAAUAAGCGUUUUCUGGGGGAACAUAUUUCAUGCAAGUUAUUAAAAGCAUUGGAAAUUUAUUGAGAAUCACCGCGAGGUCGAAUUAUACAUGACCCAUAGAUGCCGCCGGACGGUGGUCAGUCAACAGUAACACGGCUGUAUGAUCCUGCACGCCGUCAGGGCACGACUCAUGAUCAAGCGACCCACUGUGGCGUCAUCACAAACGGGUAGAUGGCGUAAACGACGCUCAAGUGCCGUAAGGACUCUAGUUGCUGAGACCCUUGUGCUAGCCAAGACGCAUGGCUACGUGGAGAAGAUUGAAGAUGAAUUAGAACGGGAAUUACAAAGGGACAUCAGAGAUCCGCCCGAGGAAAAAUUCCACAGAUGGCGACGCAAGGGGGACGCGAUAUUCAAGAGCAAACAUGUUUUAUUGGCUGUAGUUAUAAUGUGCAUAGCAGACUGCGCAUUAGUACUUGGCGAACUAGCUCUCGAUUUAUAUAAAGUUAAAGCAACAUUGGAUGAUUCAGACAAACUCACAAAUGAGACAGAACGCUUCCUCUCCGAGAUAGUGAUGUACCAUCCGAUUCUUAGCAACCGGUCAGUUAGCGACAUCUAUUCCAUGCUUCUGGAUGCUCGUAUUAUCUGGCCAAUCAGGACGAAUAACUCUACUGAGGACGAUGACUUAACUGACAUACCCAUCGACUUUGUAUGCCCUGAUGAGCAUUCGUCCAUCAAUGUGUCUAAUAUUUGGAUCAGGGAGCAGUUAGUGAGAAAGAUCAAUAACUCAUCUUUUGUAGCAGAAAACGUGGACUCAUUUCCUCAUUUGAAAACCAACCUUGAACUUAUUGGGAAUAUUGCUAAAAUUUUCCAUUACUGCAGUAUAACCCUAUUAACAAUCAUCUUAAUUGAGACCAUAUGCAAAGCAAUAUGUGCCGGGAGGAGUUUCUUUCAUCGAAAGAUAGAGGUAUUCGAUGCAUCCGUGGUGUUGAUUUCAUUUCUCCUAGACUUCUCGUUUCUGAUGUUUCUGCCCAACAUCGACACCAAGGAUUUCGUGUUCAUACUUGCCAUUUUACUACCAUGGAGAGUUAUACGAGUGGUUGAUAGUCUUAUAGUUUCUGUGAAGGAUCACGAACAUUUCCGAUUGAAACUGGUUUAUAAACGUAAGAAGAAAAUACAGGGUAAUCUCAGGGAUACAGAAGUGAUGCUACAAAAAUAUAUGACGCAAGUAACCGCGCUUCAGCGUUUAUGCAUUGAGGAAGGAAUUGAUGAGUGGAAGGUAGACAUGUAUCUAAAGAAUGAGGAAUUAUCUCUUCCGACAACUCCUGCAAAACGCAAAUUAAAAUUUAAAUUUGACGAUUCCAUUUGUAAUAUGCAAAACCAUAAUCGUGGUCCACGUUGCUCACUUCCGGUUCUUGAUUUCCACGGAUUAAAGCUCCCAUCCCGUCCCCGAUUUACGCUACCAGGUGUUGCACAAACCAUUAAACAUCACAUAUCGAAGAAUCUUCCAGGAACGCGACGUGCAUCCUUGGCCGCUAUGGAGCUUCAUGCCACAAGUUAUUCGAGUGGGGAUUUAUGCCGACGAAAGUUUGCAUCGGAUGAUUUAUGUACUAUGCACGAAGAAGAAUCCGAAAAUGAAGAUUCUCCGGAGUUAUCAAGGGCGACGUCGGAAUCUGGUGAUGUUGUCAGCAGGGUAUCAGUUUAUGACUCUAUAACGAGCGAUGGAAUAUUUGGACACUCGGUUUCCAAAAAUCGGAUUGACGCGGGCAGUUCUGAAAGUACUGAUGAAGAGUCGGAUACCAUGGCAAAAUUUAAGGAGAAGGCUAAACGUCGCAAUUCGGAAUCAACGAUUGACAAAAAUAAAGUGUCCGUGAAUUUCAACGAGUUUAAGAAUGUUAAAAAUUUUAAAACCCACGAUGCAAAAACUUUGACUUCGCCACAAACGUCUGUCAAUGGAUAUUCAGUCUCCGAUUUAAAAUCAAAAUGUGAUAGACAAAAUGUGAUUGACACAAUGGUUUGUGAAACGAUCGUGUCAAUUGUAAACGAGACCGAUACACAUUGCUCCACUGAACUCAUGCCGCUAUCUUCGUUCAGCAAUGAUAUUGCCGAAAACAAUAACAAACAUAAAGAACAAAAUAAUGCAUGCAAGAGGGAAAACGGUCAGUGCAACGGAAAAACCAAACCAAUAAAAGAUAAUGACAAAGUGGAUCUUUAAAGUAUGCACACAUUUGUCUUGAUGAUGGCCUUGACUACGGCUUUCUAUCAUAUUUAUCUGACCGUUUAUGUUUUGUUUAACCCGGUUUUUGUUGUUCCCAUUUUCACUUACAUAUUACUCAAACCAUACUUGUAAUCACUUUAAUCGAUUACCACUUAAAUUCUAUGUUUACAGCUGUUCUUACGUGUGUCUUGAACAUUUAUUUAAGAGUGACAAAAUGAGUCGUGUUCUUAGAAAA